CAGUAGCAUUACCCAUAUAUUAUUUGGCAUCUGAUGCAAGUUCCUUUGUACCACUCUUUUCUUUUGAAGAGUGAUAGAUGGUUUCCAGUAUAUUGAAAGAAAACAAAAAGGCUAAGCAUCCAGGGAAAUCAAGAAUACUUUUCUUCUCUCCAAAGUUCAGUAAGAUUCAAAACCAGGCCGACGAUGCAAAGCAUACCUAGGCUGGCUUGCUUGCUCGCUCCCCCAUCUCUAAUCACAGCCUUGGAGCAAACUUUUAUGUCCAUUUGUUUCCUCUAAUGCUUUCUCCUUCAAAUAAACAUCAGACCAUGAAUAGCAGAUCAUUGCUGAAGCAGAACUUUCGGAACAGGCUUCGUCUCAACGACUCAAACUAUCGACGCUUUGAUCAAGGAAACAGGGUAAUCCGCUUCUUAACCAUGAAAAUGCUUGCAGUUAUAUAAAUUUCCAGGAAGGUUGUUGUGGGUGCAUGUCUUUAUCCAUACAUCAGCACACAAAUUCCAGAUAAUUAUCCUUAUGCGUUUUAGCACCAUUGAUAAUUAUGAUGAUUUGGGAUAUGUUGAGCUGCCACUAGAAAUUUUACAAACUAAAUUCCAGAAAUUAAUGUGUUAGCUACCGAUAGAAUUUAUAAUCUUAAGUAAACUAGUUUCUAUCCCAAGUGGCUGCAACUGGGUUAUAGACGAAUAUCACAAAUUAUGGUAGUUAAGUCAAUUGAAUGGUCAUCAAAGACAAUGGUUGCAACUUGCAUGCAUGAGAGAUGAAAGCUACAGAAUUAUAUGCAUCAUUAGCUGCAUUUGUGACUUUACUUCUGCUAGGUUGAGAUAUUCUAGUGUUAAAAAGGGAGAGACUGAAGAGGCUGGCAGCAUCAUGGAUCAAGGAGCACCACCUCGGAAAACUCGAAGUUUCAAAGAGGAAACGAAAUCUCAGAAGCGGUUCCAAAGACAGUUCUCUAGGCAAAUGAGUCAGGAUUAUCAUCCAAGCAAUAUAAUAGAGCGUACAGCUGCAGUGGCAGCGGUUGCAUUGGCCAUCAAAAGACUUGAAGAAAGAGGCAUCCCAGAUCAGAAAGAGGUGAGGGAACACCCUGAAACCUUUUCGAUCACAAUCGAAAGCAAAGAGGAGGAGGAUAAACCAAGCUUGGCCCCUGAAUUUGGUAGGGUAUCCAAGCGAUUCUCAGGUGAAACUUCAAUCAAAGAACCAGAAGGCCAAGAUAGCGAGAUUCAAAUAACUGCUGCAACGACUGAAAAGAUUCCCAAAAAGCACAUUCGGCCUGUCCCUUCAAUUAAAAAGACUCCAACUCUUGCCGAGCACUUGAACAGCACUGUCAUCAUACAACCUGAAACUGCAGUACCAGAACCUGAACUGCCUGCCACCAUUAAACCAGGAAUGCCACCAAAUGAAAUCCAAAGAAAAAGUUCAACAAUACCUGUAAUCCCACCAACUGACCCCCAAGAACAGAGUACAACGGGAUCUUUAAUGGACGAAACAAAAGCAGACGAUUGGGAGAAAGCUGAGUUUGAUAAGAUAAAAAACUGGUAUGAGAAGCUAGAAUCCAUAAUAGCUUCCUGGGAGGAAAAGAGGAAGGCAAAAGCCAAAAGACGGCUAGAAAGGACAGAGAGUGAAGUGGCAAGAAGAAGGGAAAGAACUGUAAAAGAAUACAGAAACAACAUCAAAUACAUUGAUCAGUCUGCAGAAGCAGCAAAAGUGAAGGCAGAGGAAAGACGAAGGAAUGAGGAGUUAAGAGCAAUAGAGAAGGCAAACAGAAUUAGAACUACUGGGAAAGAUCCUAAUACUGGUGUAUGCUGCUGAAAAUAUAGAACCCCAAUUCAUCUGUUUUUUACAGAAAAAAAGAAAUCUUAAAAGUUCUGCAAGCUGUAAACAUUCUCUUAGGCCAAUGGAAACUUCUUUAUAUGAUGUGCCGUUCAAUAACAAAGAGAAUUUGCUAUAAGAGUUAAAAGUAAGAGAUUCAAUAA